CUACAACCACGACACCUUACGUGUUGCUUGUCAAUUCCCAACCACAGCGCAGCGAAUCAAACAAUAAUAGCCUGCGCGACCAUCUUCUCACACCGGGUGAGCUUUGAGCGUAUUCUGUCCACGGUGACGGGCGUUGGGCCACUCUCCUUCUACCACGCUUCUCCUCCGUACUUCUCUGGUCGAGUCGCUGCCAUGGACCCAAGAGGUCUGACCUUGCGGAAGAAACGCAAAGACCGCCCAACCAUCAGUGCACCGCAAAAUGCCUCUGGGCCCGGCAUCGGCAGACCAGGGCUUCCGUCUCAGAACAAGGCCGGGAACACCCUGACUGUACCGCGAGACCGUAAUGCCCCGACUGAGACAUCUGAUCUGGUCAAACGUCGAUAUUCAACAAGAUAUAAUCAGCUCCCCGACUUCAGUAACCUCAGCACUCCCGCUGUUCCCGCUCUCCCGGGGUCCGGUACCCUCAAGCGUCGCUCUGGAGGCGCUUCUCCGCGUCGGCCAGGGGCAGGAUCGACCUCUCGCCCGCUUGUCGUUGACAACGACGUCCUCCGAGACCCAAACCUUCAGCACGAACGAUACGUCACUGAUCUCCUCGCCAAUGCCUCCGAACAAGAUAUCCAAGAAUACCAGAACAAUUUGCAGCGGCUCAAGAACCGCAACUCUCAGGAGCUGCAGCGGAGCGUCUAUCAGAACAGAACACAGUUCAUCAAGAUCAGCAAAGAGGCGGAAAAGUUGAAGGCCGAGAUGGGCAUUCUACAGGGCCUCAUGUCCGAGCUGACUGGCACUCUGGGAACUGGGAAUGCAGCAUCUGCAAGCACUCCUCUGUCGCCCGAGGCCAAUGGGACUUCUCUGUCCAGGAGAAAUACAAACAGGACGUCGGUCGCGAAUUUGGAGCACAUGUGGAACAUCCAACUACAAACCCUGUGGAAGAAUAUCGAGAAAUCCCAAAAGUUUUUACCGGCUACACCUGGCCGCCAUAUUGUCGCAGAGACAGGCAACUGGAUCGAGCUGGAUUCGGCCACUUGGAAACCAAAACGGCCGGUUCACAUCGUCCUUCUAAACGACCAUCUUCUUGUUGCAUCUAAGAAACGCAAGCGGGUAGACCCGAACGCACCUCAACAGGGUCCUGCCCCGACCAAAUUGGUCGCCGAGGAGUGCUGGCCACUCCAGGACAUUGAAAUCAUCGACAUGUCCGCCAGUGUGGCGAAUGGCGGGACCACGACACCAGCUGAGGAAAAGGUCAUUGCCUCUGCACUGACAAUCCGAUCUGGUGGUCGGUCGCUCACCUACCGACACGAGAAACGUGACGAAAAGGCCAAAAACGGUCUUUUGAUGGCGCUCAGAAAGGCUACUGAGGACGUCCGGAAGGCCGCCAAAACACAGGAAGAGCAAAGCAAUCCACUUCAAACCGAAAGCCUAAACUACUUUGCGGCUCGCGAUCCAGCGUCGGCAAAAAACACCGAAAUCAUCGAAAGCCUCAACUCCUCCAAGGAGAAACCCGACAUCCUCAUCGAAGUCGAUGGCCGGCAACAGAAUUUCCGCUGGGUCGAGGGACAGAUAGAUGACCUGGACAUUGAAAUCUCCCUACAACGAUUCGACGAAGCCGUCGAAAAAGUUGAAAAACUACGCAAGAUUGCCAAGAGCUUAAAGGGCAAUUCGGUCGCGCAAGAACUAAUCAGCGUCAAGGUAGAUGAGCGCGCGGGCAAGCUCGCCACGGUGCUCAGUCGAGAGCUGGUCGAGACGCCAUCUUUCAUGGAAGCUACGAAACGCAAGGUCAGCUACCUCAUCCGCCUCGGAUUUGAGGAUCGCGCAAGAGAAGCCUACCUCAACGCCCGGAGUGAAACGCUCAUCAAACGAGCCCGCCAAUGCGUUUUUGAAGGUGAUUUGCAUCGCUAUGUCUUCUCCAUCUCUUACGUCUACUUCACUAUCGUGAAGAACACUGUGCUUAUAUAUCAAGCUGCCUUUUCACCAUUGACCAUCAGCGCUUGUGUCAAAUGGGCCGAUAUGCAUUUGGAGACAUUCAAUACGCUGCUAGUGAGGCAGUUGAGUGCUAUUGAGAAGCAAGGGAAGUUGUGGCGAGAAUGUAUGGAUGUGGUGUGGCAGCAUGAGAGGGAGAUGUUAGGGGAUUCGGGUCUAGAUUUUAGAGAGGUCAUUGGCCGCGAACUGGAGGUCAGGGAUCUUCCGAGCACUGCAAAGCCAGGAGGCAACACUGGGGGGUCCGCAGGGAGUAGGGAGAAGAGCCGGUCCAAGUCACGAACAAGGGGUGCUACAUGAGAACGGUGCAGGGUGAGCGGAGAAGGCAAAUAGAUUGGUACUCCAUCAAAUCUACACAAGGUAUAUGCAAAGAUGCACAACAGACUCCCGGCGCUUUUUGCUCAUGCUGGAAUUGGAAAUUUUCUUCAGCACUGCCCCAUUUCGCACGG